AUGGAAACUACAGCCCAGCAGGAAAUCCCCAGGGGAAAGAGAAAAAAUACAUGCAGUGAGUGCGGGAAAACCUUAAGUUGCUGCUCAGCCCUUAUUAGACAUCAGAGAAUCCACACCGGUGAGAAGCCUUAUGAAUGCAGCGAGUGUGGGAAAACCUUCGCUCAGAACUCAAACCUCACUACUCAUUGGAGGAUCCACACGGGGGAGAAACCCUACGAAUGCGGCGAGUGCGGGAAAAGAUUCGCUCAGAGCUCAGAACUUACAGCGCAUCACAGAAGCCACACGGGUGAGAGACCCUAUGAAUGCAGCGAGUGCGGGCAAAGAUUCACUCAGAGCUCAGCACUUACAGUGCAUCACAGAAUCCACACGGGAGAGAAACCCUACGAAUGCGGCGAGUGUGGGAAAACCUUCGCUCGGAGCUCAGAACUUACAGUGCAUCACAGAAACCACACGGGUGAGAGACCCUAUGAAUGCGGCGAGUGUGGGAAAACCUUCGCUCGGAGCUCAGACCUGACGAUGCAUCAGAGAAUCCACACAAGAGAGAGACCCUGUGAAUGCAGCGAGUGUGGGACAAAUUUCAGUGGCAGCUCGGCCUUUCUUCAACAUCAGAGAAUCCAUGUUUGCCACGAAUGCGGGAAAACCUUCGCUCAGAGCUCAGUCCUGACUACGCACCAGAGAAUCCACACAGGGGACAGGCCCUACAAAUGCAGCGAGUGCGGGAAAACCUUCGCUCACAGCUCAAACUUCAUUCAGCAUCAGAGAAUCCACACGGAGGAGAAACCUUACAAGUGUGGUGAGUGCGGGAGAGGCUUCACUCAGCGCUCGAGCCUCCCUACGCAUCAGCUAAUCCACACGAAGGAAAAGCCCUACGGAUGCUUUGAGUGCGGGAAAGACUUCACUAACCGAUCAGGCCUUGUUAACCAUCAGCGAACCCACACAGGGGAGAAACCGUAUGAAUGCCUUGAGUGCGGGAAAAGCUUCGCUCACAGCUCAGCCCUCAUUGUACAUUGGAGAAUCCACACAGGGGAGAGGCCCUAUGAAUGCCUUGAGUGUGGGAAAUGCUUCACUAGCAGCUCAAACCUUUCUACACAUCAGAAAACCCACACAGGAGAGAAGCCCUACGAAUGCCGGGAGUGUGGGAAGAGCUUCGCUAGCAGCUCAGCCCUUUCUAAACAUCAGAAAACCCACACAGGAGAGAAGCCCUACGAAUGCCGGGAGUGUGGGAAGAGCUUCGCUAGCAGCUCACAGUUUUGUGAACAUCAGAGAAUGCACACAGGGGAGCGGCCCUAUAGAUGCCGUGAGUGCGGGAAAAGCUACAUUAGCAGCUCAGCCCUUCGUCACCAUCAGAGAAUCCACACAGGAGAGAGGCCCUAUAGAUGCCGUGAGUGCGGGAAAAGCUACCUUGGCAGCUCAGCCCUUCAUUACCAUCAGAGAAUCCACACAGGGGAGAGGCCCUAUAGAUGCCGUGAGUGCGGGAAAAGCUAUAGUAGCAGCUCAGCCCUUCGUUACCAUCAGAGAAUCCACACAGGCGAGCGGCCCUAUCAGUGUUGUGAGUGUGGGAAAAGCUUCACCCAGAGCUCACAACUUUCGACACAUCAGACAAUGCACGCGGCAGAGACACCCUCCGAAGGCCGGGAGUGCGGGAAAACCUUUAGUUGCUGCUCAGCCCUUAUUAAACAUCAGAGAAUCCACACGGGUGAGAAACCUUAUGAAUGCAGCAAGUGCGGGAAAACCUUCACUCAGAACUCAAACCUCAUUAGACAUCAGAGGAUCCACACGGGGGAGAAACCCUACGAGUGCGGUGAGUGCGGGAAAAGCUUCACUCACAACUCAAACCUUCUUGUCCACCAGAGACUCCACACGGGCGAGAAACCCUACCGAUGCGGCGAGUGCGGGAAAAGAUUCACCCACAGCUCAGAACUUACCACGCACCAGAGAAUCCACACCGGGGAGAAGCCCUAUCGGUGCUGCGAGUGCGGGAAACGCUUCACGGCCAGCUCAGCGCUCAUUACGCACCAGAGAAUCCACACCGGGGAGAGGCCCUAUGAAUGCUGCGAGUGCGGGAAAAGCUUCGCUGUCUGCUCAGCGCUCAUUACGCACCAUAGAGUCCACACAGGAGAGAGACCCUAUGAAUGCUGCGAGUGUGGGACAAACUUCAGUGACAGCUCAGCCUUCCUUCAGCACCAGCGAAUCCACACGGGAGAGAGACCCUACGUAUGCUGCGAGUGCGGGAAAAGCUUCACUCGCAGCUCAGACCUCACUACGCAUCAGAGGAUCCACACGGGAGAGAGGCCCUACGAGUGCGGCGAGUGCGGGAAAAGCUUCACUCAGAACUCAAACCUCAUCGCGCACCAGAGAAUCCACGCAGCCGAGAAGCCCUACGGAUGCGGCGAGUGCGGGAAAAGCUUCACGCGGAGCUCAAACCUCAUCGCGCAUCGGAGGAUCCACACAAAGGAAAAGCCCUAUGAAUGCUGUGAGUGCGGGAAAAGCUUCGCCGACAACUCGGCUCUUAUCACGCAUCAGAGGAUCCACACGGGGGAGAAACCCUACGGAUGCCGUGAGUGCGGGAAAACUUUCACUCAGAGCUCAAACCUCAUCGCACAUCGGAGGAUCCACACGGGGGAGAGGCCCUAUGAAUGCCGCGAGUGUGGGAAAAGCUUCACUCAGAGCUCACAACUUUCUACGCAUCAGAGAAUCCACACGGCAGAGACACCCUCCGAAUGCUAAAAGAAUGUGGAUGUGUUCGUGACUUCUCUAAAAACACCCACGCCCAAAGCUGAACCUCAGUAAUGGUUUUGCUCAUUCCCGCGUGGGAACCGUGACGGCGGCUUGAACUCUCCGUUUAUCCCGCGCUCGGUCCAGGCGAGGGGCCGUUUGCGGUUUGUCCGGUCACGGCGCGGACCUGACUGUCCUUUCUAUCAACUCCAUUGCCCCACGAGUCAUGGGAGUGGGUCCCUCUUGCCACACAGCUGGGAGCAUCGUAUUUAUACCCCUUCACUCCAAAUCCUGCUCCCCCUUCACUCCCAACCUCUCCUCC